AGGGAGACACACACACACAGGGAGACACACACACACAGAGGGAUAGAAAGAGACAGGGACACACACACACACAUAGAUAGAGAGACACUCAGACAGGGAAAGGGAGAGAAAGAGGGAUAGAGAGGAACAGAGAGAGACUGACCCACACGGAGCAGGUUGGACACACACACACACACACACGGUCAACACGAACAGAGACAGAGUUCACCCACAGACACAGAGUUAUCUGUCACGGGCUGCCGGAGGAGUGUGUGCAGCAGCGGGCGAGUUGUCUACCUGUGUCCCGGAGCGGCAGUGGAGGGCGUGGAGUGGAGCGGAGCGGAGAGGAGAGGAGAGGAGAGGAGGGAGAGAGGGAGCCGGGCAUCCCGGGGCGAUGAGCCGGUGUGGCGCUGCGCUGUGAGCGGGGACCUACCAUGAAUCUGGGCGUCGCGUUGUUCGCCCUGUGGCACCUGUGGCCGGAGACUGAGGGCGACUGGAUGCCCCGUGAACAGAACCAGCGGAGCUUCCCCCUGCCCUGGACACUGGACAGGAAUGGCACAGAUCCCAAUGAGCUUGGCUUGUUCUCUACGAACGAGGGGGUCCACCGACACGCCCCACGUGUGACUCGCAGUACAGUGGUGGAGAUUGCAAAGCCCGCCCAGUGCAAGGUGCGACCAGAGGUGAUGGAGAUCACACGGAGCAUGGUGGAUCCCACCAAGGCUAACUUCUACCUGUGGCCGAGCUGCGUGGAGGUCCAGCGCUGCUCGGGGUGCUGCACCAUCAAGAACUACAAGUGCCAGCCGACCAAGGUUCAGAGCGACUAUAUUAGAUUUGUGAAGAAGGUGUUUAAGCGGAGGGGCAUCGUGUCCAAGACGGCAGUGAUAGUCCUUCACGAUCACGUCGAGUGCAAGUGCAUGACUGCAGCUCAGUUAGCAGACUCCCAGGACAGAGAAGCGUUCCUGGCCUCUCCCGCCCCCACCAUCGCCCUGGCCCGCAAAUACAGCAGCAGCAAACGGAAACAUCGGAAGUUCAAACUCUUUGAUGGGAAGAAGGGAAUUCACCAAACAUAGAGGAGCCCAGCCACCGGAUUCAGGUAUCUUUUGUCCGAGCAGCCCCGGGAACGGUGUGAUGUGAUAUGCUGUAGUCUGUGAUGGACCUCCCAUUCACAGCCAACAGGGAAAUGAUUGACGACCUCUGGCGACCCUCGUGGAACCGAUGGAAAGGCUAAAUCCCGGAGCACUGUGCACUAAAAAGACCAAACAAUGACUUUUACCAAAUAUCUCACGAGUAAUGACCACUGGAUUUGUUGAGCGGAGACUGUAGCCGUCCAGCUUUGGGCCUGUGAGGUCCCUUGAUGAGGAGGGGUCUGUUGGGAUCUGCGUUGGGACACUGCUCUUUGCACUGUAUAUUUUGCUAUUUUAUUUUCGUUGAUGUUUUAUGACGUCUCAUGUUUGUUACUGUCCGUGGAGUGAAGAGGACAUCUGGAGUCUAGGCCUACUGCUGGGGUCUGACUUGGCCAGUCUGUGUAGCAUUUGAAUGGGGAGGUUGGGGGGUGUCCUGGCAGCUCCAUCCUAUACAACAGCACGGCAGGCUUCAUCCCCAGCUCAGGGCCCUUCACCACAGCCAUUGACGCAGGCACGGGCAAGGUCGCCUCUCAGGCUCCCCCGAGUCAGAGAUGGACCCACAGCCCCCCUGCCUCUGACAUUGAAUGGCUCCAGCAAUAUUAUAAACCCACCCUCAUUGCCCCAGACCCGAAACAACCACUAUCCAUGUCCUCCAGAGAUGCUGCCUGACCCACUGAGUUACUCCAGCACUUGGCGUCUUUUUAAAAAAAAACCUGCAUCUGCAGUUCCUUGUGUCUACAUCUUGCUGGGUUCCAGGAGUCUGGAGUUUAACGGGUGGAGCCUGAGAGACGGGCUGGGGGCAGGCCAGACGGGGGGGGUUUGGUGAUGAAGUGAAGCCACCCUGAGGCAAGGGUGUGUGGGGACCCAACAAUCCCACUCCCUGGAACCCUGCCACUUCCUCCUCCAUCUGACAGCAGCCUGCUCCUGCUUGUCUUGUCUACACACAGCCACAGCUCAGGGCCUGGAGUCUGUGCUGGUGAUCAACCGGUGCAACAGAAGAAGGGUCUCGACCCCGAAACGUCCCAAGUCUGAAGAAGGGUCCCGACCUCGAAACGUCCCAAGUCUGAAGAAGGGUCCCGACCCCGAAACGUCCCAAGUCUGAAGAAGGGUCCCGACCUCGAAACGUCCCAAGUCUGAAGAAGGGUCCCGACCCCGAAACGUCACCUAUUC